GAGCCAGCAGCACCAGGUGGCUCCAGUUACUUUUCCAGACCUGUUGAGUCAGGCUACAGUGGCAGUGCAAUGAGGAAACAUCCUGUUGGCGCUUCACCACCAGGUGCUGCUUUUCAACCUGGCUCUCGAGACAUCAAGUGGGCUGUUGCACCUCCAAGUGUCUUUGGUGGUGAGGAAAUGCCAGCUGGCACUCGUAGUGUUGGCUCCAGUAGCGCAGAGUAUGUGAGUCCACCUCUUCCACCACCUGGACCAGUGUACCAGGCAGGGGAGUUGGCCCAGUUUGAGGAAAGCUAUGAGAGUGGUGACUUCCAGAGGGAGACAGAGGAGCAAGGCUUCCUGCCACCACCACCGCCACCCCCUCCAUUUUCUCCACACACAUCGGAAGGAGGAAGCGUCACCAGCCAACCUCAGCCAGAGUCUGGACUGGGUGGAUUUGGUGGAAGCUUGGGUGUCUAUCCUUACUAUGACUACAUGUUCCUGACUGGCCAGUAUCCUCCAGGCACAGUCACUCAUGCCAGCAGCAGCUUUGAACAGGGGAUGGACCACUGGCAAGAUGUUCACUAUGUGAGAGACUAUGUUCCCCAGAACUCUGGACCCAUCCAGCAGAGCGAGCCCUUCACUGGUGACUUGGCAGCCCCUCAGAGCUUUCAAGAGCCACAGCCUCCUGUGAAGACUGGUUAUGGACAGGGUGGCACUGCAGCUGGUCAACCUGGUUCUUCCUAUGGCCGCUUCAUACAGCCAACUCGCAGCCAAGCAGGAGGCUAUAACAGAGUCAAGGUUGGCUACUAAGUGGUGGAUCCCUCCAGCCUGAACAAGUUUCUGAACCAAUAAAAAAACAAAUCUUAA